AUGGGCUACAGAUGGAGAAAGACCAAAUCAAACAAACAUAUUCUCAUGGAAACCCAGGAUGUUGCUUACAAACGAUUUGUAUAUUUGAGAAAAAUCCAAGAAUACCGGAAGGAGAAGCGCCCCAUAGUUUUUACGGACGAAUCUUACAUCGAUUCAGCUCAUGUUUCCGGAAAAGGUUGGUCCGAUGACUCAAAUGCAGGAGUGGCGACCCAAUUGUCCAAAGGCGAGCGACUUAUUUUUCUACACGCAGGAGGAGAAUUGGGCUUCGUGAAAAACUGUUUGACAAUGUGGAGAGCCAACAUAAAAACAGGAGAUUAUCACGACAAUGUGAACGGCAAGAUGUAUUUUAAAUGGCUGACGGAAAAAUUAAUUCCAAAUUUACCUCCUCGGACUGUUGUGGUUAUUGACAAUGCAUCUUAUCACAAUGUCCAAGUAGAUAAGAGCCCAACUUCGAAGAACACUAAAUCAGAAAUGCAAGAUUCGCUGAUACAGAAGAAUAUUGCAUUCUCAUCGUCAUCACUCAAGAUGGAGCUCUAUGAGUUAAUUAGGCAACACAAACCGGCGCACAUUCGCUAUCAAAUUGACGAAAUUAUGAGAGAACAUGGACACGACAUCCUCAGGCUCCCUCCAUACCAUCCCGAACUCAAUGCCUCUGGGCUGAUGUAA